UUCACUCCGUAACCACGGCUCGCGCGGAAAAUCGGCCCAUUUCCGCCCCAGUCCUGGAUUCCCCCGCAAUCCACCUCACAGAUCGACACGACUUGUGAGUGCAGCUUCUCUAAUUGCUUCAUUGUUGGCACUUCAUAAUAAAGACAUUUCCUUUGCCCGUUUUAGCUGUUAGUACUAUCCCCAAGUACCUACAUUGCCGAAGCCAAAGCCAAAAGACUAACCAAAGUCCGCCGAUCCUACACAGUUCUCGAACCAUCGCAACAUUCUGAGCGCUGUCGAAUUUCUCAAGUCUCGUUUGUUACUCAAGCUUUCAAGAUGGCUCGACCUUCUCUCGCCGAGAACCGAACGAUGAAAAUCGUCAAUGCCGCAAAGGAAGGCGGCUAUGCAGUGGCCGGUUUCUGCUGCUACAAUCUCGAAGCCGUGGUAGCAUCCGUCAGAGCAGCAGAAGCAACCUCUUCGCCCGCAGUCGUGCAGCUCUUUCCGUGGGCGAUGGAGUACGCCGGCAGCGCCCUUGUCCGAGCCGCAGCAGAACUAUGCCACAGCGCUUCUGUACCCGUAUCACUGCAUCUCGAUCACUGUCAGACACCGGAGCUAGUUCGCCGCGCCGCAGAUACUCCGAACGGCUUUGAUAGUAUCAUGGUCGAUAUGAGCCACUACGAAAAGGAAGAAAAUUUGGCUCUUACUCGCGAGCUUGUUGACUACUGCCAUCAACGCGGUAUCGCGACGGAAGCAGAGCCCGGACGAAUUGAAGGUGGCGAAGACGGUGUGGCUGAGACGAUAGAUCUUGAGGGUGUGCUCACAACACCAGAGCAAGCUGAAGAAUUCGUGGCGACGGGAAUCGAGAUGCUUGCACCCGCAUUCGGCAAUGUCCAUGGUGAAUAUGGUCCGCGGGGAAUCAAGCUGGAGUAUGAUCGCCUCGAGAACACCAACAAGGCUGUUGGAGAUAGGGUCAGGCUCAUCCUGCACGGGGCGGAUCCGUUUACAGAGGAGAUCUACAGUCGCUGCAUCAAAGCUGGUGUGACAAAGAUCAACAUUAACAAGGGAAUCAACAACCACUAUGUCCCAACCCAAGAGACAGCUAGAGAUCGUCCUAUUACUGCUACUAUUGAAGCUGGUACUAAGGAAAUGCAAAAUGCGUGCGAAACUUACAUGCAUUGGUUUGGCUCGGCGGGAAAGGCAUGAGCAGGAGGUAGAACAAAACAUAUUAGCAUGAUGUGGUCAUUCCCGCCGUAUAAAAUAGUCUGAGUUGAAUUCUUGACAAAUCUGGGUCAUAUUCUAAACAACAUAUUUGCAGUGACAUAAGGUAUACGUGUAUGACUUAUCAUGGCGAACUUGAGUAAACACACAACCGACUCCUCCUAACUCUGGAUCAAAAAUCCUCCUCUUCGACAUCGUAGGCCAGAGGUU